UUGCCAACGGUCCAAGUCCAGGGAGAAAAAUUUUCCAUAAGAAAUAUUCUACGCGUGUCUUGGAACUCGCAAUAUUACCUAAUUUGAACUGCGCAACCCUCUGCAGAUCGCCUCAACUCUCUGCACUGCUCGCAGUUCUCAGGGCAUAGCCGAUCGUUCCGGCGAUCACUUCGGCCGGUCGGCGGUUGGAAAUUUGGAAACUCUAAACCAUUUGACGCCUACUGAAGCAUUAAAAAUCCCCUUUUCUUGGAGGAUGACCGGAGCAUCAUGGCUAGUCGAUAGCAAAAGGAUUGCCAAAAAGAUUAAAAAUGCAUCAGAGAGAACAGACCCUGGUAGCACCAAAUGGAUAAGUAACCCCACCAGAGCUUGUCCAAGGUGCAAUUGUGUUAUUGAUAAUAGCGAUGUUAUCCAUGAAUGGCCUGGCUUGCCACAUGGCGUCAAGUUUGAUCCAUCAGACCAAGAGCUGCUGCAACAUUUGAUGGCUAAAGUCAGGAAAGAUGGUGUAGAUCCUCAUCCUUUCAUCAAUGAGUUCAUACCAACAGUUGAAGAGGAAGAUGGAAUAUGUUAUACUCACCCUCAGAAAUUACCAGGAGUUAAGCAGGAUGGAAGUGUUUCUCACUUCUUUCAUAGAACAUUCAAGGCUUACAACACUGGAACUCGUAAGCGUCGUAAGAUAAACACUAAUGAUCAUGGGGAUGUCCGUUGGCACAAAACGGGUAAGACGAAGCCUGUGCUUUUAGAUGGGGAACAUCUAGGAUGUAAAAAAAUAAUGGUUCUGUAUGUUAGCGCCACAAAGGGAGGUAAAGCUGAAAAGACUAAUUGGGUGAUGCACCAAUAUCACCUUGGCAUUGGUGAAGAUGAAAAGAAUGGUGAAUUUGUUGUCUCUAAAAUAUUUUAUCAGCAACAGUUCAAACCUUGUGAAAGGAGCACAGUAGAUCCAAUAAUAAAAACCGCAAACGAAGUUGCUGCAGAAACGGAAAUCAUGGCUUCUACUGGAUCUUUAACUCAUGAAUACCAUGAUGAAUGUCAAGAUAUGAUUCAAAGCUCUGAAGAAACCUCUGAUCAGCUAAAAGUAGAUCGCGACCCUAUGAAUGAGACCAACAAUGCUAACCCGGCAGCAGAAAAACUCGAUAAUCAAUUUUUUGCCAAGGAUCACGAAACCAGAGAGCUUGACAAUGAAGGUCCUGCUCAAGAUAGCCAAUCAGCAGAAGAUCCCAAAUGGUGGGAAGGUGAAUCACAAUUCCUUUUGGAUUCACAGCAGCUUGCUGAAGGCAUUGCCAUAUGUGAUGAGUUUUUACAGAGCCAGUCAUCUUAUGCCGAGGAUGAAGCUGUUAAACCUCGUAAAUCCUGCUUGUCAGAUUAUGCUUCUAUUGGUGUUGAGUAUUUUAGAAGAGACCUGAAGGAAUGUCAGAAGCUCAGCCGAGAAGGCAAUCAUUCAUCAUAUAAUGAAGUCGACUCAACUCCUGAGAUGAGACUCAGCCAACUUGAAUUUGGAUCUCAAGAUAGCUUUCUGGGGUGAACAAAAAGCAAACUUGCUCACUACUUAGAGUUCAAAAAUCCUUUUUUGUCACAAAUAUAUUACCAGCCAUGUUUUGUUUGUGCAGCUCUCAUUUUUGGUAGGAAAAAUCCCUGCUUUUAUAUGAAAUUACUACCUGUAACAGUCAUUGGGACCAACUUGUGAGAACACUGCAUAUUAUGCUGUUAAAAUUGUGUCAUUUUGAGCAUAGUUUUAAGACCAUGAUACAAUGCUGUUGAUAUGUACCGCUGGGAGAUUUCAUGUGCAUAAAUAUAUAGAUUUGAUUUG